UUCCCUCAAGCUGCAGAAGAGGCUUGCAGCCUCUGUUAUGCGAUGUGGUAAAAAGAAGGUGUGGUUGGAUCCAAAUGAAAUCAAUGAGAUCGCAAACACCAACUCCAGACAGAACAUCCGUAAGAUGAUCAAGGAUGGUCUCGUCAUCAAGAAACCUGUAGCAGUCCACUCCCGCGCCCGUGUCCGCAAAAACACAGAGGCACGUAGAAAGGGUCGUCACUGUGGCUUUGGUAAGAGAAGAGGUACUGCCAAUGCGCGUAUGCCACAGAAGGAACUAUGGGUACAAAGACAAAGGGUUCUAAGAAAAUUGCUCCUGAAGUACAGAACUGCCAAGAAGAUUGACAGGCAUCUAUACCACUCACUCUACAUGAAGGCGAAGGGUAAUGUGUUCAAGAACAAGCGUGUGCUCAUGGAGUACAUCCACAGGAAGAAGGCUGAGAAGGCCAGGACGAAGAUGCUUAGCGACCAGGCUGAGGCCCGCCGCAAUAAAGUAAAGGAGGCACGCAAGCGCCGCGAGGAACGUAUUGCCGCCAAGAAGGAGGAACUGCUGCAGACCUUCGCUAGAGAAGACGAAGCCGCGCUUACCGCUAAGAAGUAAACACUACGUUGUAAACAAUAAAUAAAAAAAAA